AUGGGUUAUAGCACAGUGUUUGCGACAUUGUCUGUUAUAUCUUUAUUAUUACUACUGCUUUCGAGCAUUAAUGGCUGUGAAGCUCAACUCUCAUCCCAAAAUUUCUAUAGUUCAUCAUGCCCUAAUGCACUCUCCACAAUCCGUACUGUUAUCCGAUCAGCCGUCUCCCGCGAGCGUAGGAUGGCCGGGUCCUUGAUUCGCCUUCAUUUUCAUGAUUGCUUCGUUCAGGGUUGUGAUGCAUCAAUUAUGCUUGAUGAAACUUCCACCAUUCAGAGUGAAAAAACUGCAACAGCAAAUGUAAAUUCAGCAAGGGGUUUCAACGUGAUUGAGGAUGCUAAGAGUGCGGUCGAGAAGAUUUGCCCUGGUGUCGUUUCAUGCGCUGACAUUCUUGCUAUUGCUGCCAGAGAUUCUUCUGCUGCUGUUGGCGGUCCAUCAUGGGAUGUGCAACUCGGAAGAAGAGAUUCCACAACUGCAAGCCGCGCUCUAGCUAACCGCGAUCUCCCUAGUCCAUUUGCCAAUCUUCAGAAUCUUACAGACUUAUUCUCCAGAAAGAAUCUCAACGCCAAGGAGAUGGUCGCGUUAUCAGGUAUAUAUGAUUGA